CAAAAUAACUGGAAAUCGGACCGCACGGCAUUCUCUGCUGCUUUUAGGCUUUACUACUUUUUUUUCCCUUGCUACUUUGCUAUAUACCGCCCAGCAUUCUUUCAAAUCUCCAACCUCUCUAUAUGCAGUAAUUCAUCUCUCUAAUUCGCUGAAGUUCCUUACUUUCUCUCUCUAGCAGACUUCUCUCUUGAAGAUUUCUAGGGUUUAACAAUAUGGCUACAUUCGGCGCUUCAACGACUAACGCCAAUCCUAAUCGUUCGACUGAGGUGUUGUCACCUCCGAGUGAUUCAGUUUCGAGCCUGUGUUUUAGUUCUAAGGCCAAUCAUUUGGUCGCUACGUCGUGGGAUAAUCAGGUACGAUGUUGGGAGGUGAUGAAAUCAGGAACCACUGUGAACACUGUACCUAAGGCUUCAAUAUCACAUGAUCAACCGGUCUUAUGCUCAGCUUGGAAGGAUGAUGGAACAACUGUAUUUUCUGGUGGCUGUGACAAACAAGUCAAGAUGUGGCCAUUAUUAUCUGGUGGCCAACCUGUUACUGUAGCCAUGCAUGAUGCUCCUGUUAAAGAGCUUGCUUGGAUCCCAGAAAUGAGUCUCUUAGUCACAGGAAGCUGGGAUAAGACACUUAGGUAUUGGGAUCUGAGACAGCAGAAUCCAACUUGGGUGCAGCAGCUUCCUGAACGCUGCUAUGCGCUUACUGUUAAACAUCCUCUUAUGGUUGUUGGCACUGCAGAUAGAAAUCUUGUAGUUUUCAACCUGCAGAACCCUCAGACAGAGUUCAAGAGAGUCGUGUCACCAUUGAAGUACCAGACUAGGUGUUUAGCUGCAUUCCCAGAUCAGCAAGGCUUCUUAGUUGGCUCAAUUGAAGGCAGAGUUGGGGUACACCACCUUGAUGAUGCACAAUCAAGUAAAAAUUUUACUUUCAAAUGUCACAGAGAUGGCAAUGACAUUUACUCUGUCAACUCACUGAAUUUUCAUCCUGUACACCAGACAUUUGCAACUGCUGGAUCCGAUGGUGCCUUUAACUUUUGGGACAAAGAUAGCAAACAGAGGCUUAAGGCUAUGCUGAGGUGCAGUCAGCCAAUACCUUGCAGCACUUUCAACCAUGACGGAUCAAUAUUUGCAUACUCGGUUUGUUACGACUGGAGCAAAGGUGCUGAAAAUCACAAUCCAUCAGCAGCAAAGACCAAUAUUUACCUACAUCUGCCCCAGGUGCAGUUCAUGAUUUCGAACUUAUGUUUUGGUUUCUCUUCUCUCAUUCUCAUGAGUCCAGUGCUUAAAAUGAACAUUGUAUCUUUCGUCGCAGGAGGCUGAGGUCAAGGGCAAACCGCGGGCUGGAACGAGCAACCGAAAAUGAAGUGUCCCCCACUCUAGAGAAGAGAAAUUACAAAAUCUGUACAUGAACCUUUUCGCUAAGAGUUUCUCUUCAAAUACCCAAAUCGCUAAAUGUUGUAGUGGAGUCAUUUACUUUAUGUUGAACUAUUUUUUGAUACAUUUCGAUAAUGAUGAUAUUUGGCAA